UCAAGAAUAUUCUCAACUUUAUCAUAAUUGCCUCGCACAUUCCACUCUCUCUAACCGAAUAUUCUUGCGUUGGCGGUUAUGACUCGUUCGUUGCUAACAUGUGUUUAACGUACGAGGUCCAGAUCUCAAAUUAAGAAUGUCCCUCUAGCUGCUAAUUUGUCAUACCCUAUUGCAAUUUUCUUUUUGGAAUCAAAAUUCAAGACAUACCUCAUACAUUGAGAUCGAGUCUUUGAGCAUGCUAUUGAGUUUCACGUAACGAUUGUUUUGUGUUGCAAUUGGAAGAACGUUAACAUGCAAGCAAUGGGGAGGCUCGGCAGCUACAUCACGCGUGGCGUGUGCACGGUGUCGGGGCCGUUCCUCCCCUUCGGUGGAGCAGUCGACAUUGUUGUGGUUAAGCAGAAAGAUGGGAGCUUCAAAUCCUCUCCUUGGUACGUUAGGUUUGGGAAAUUCCACAAGGUUUUGAAGGAAGAGGAGAAGGAGAAGGUGAAGGUCCAUGUCAGUGUCAACGGUGUAGAAUCUGAUUUCUACAUGCGUUUGAACGCUAAAGGGGAAGCUGUUUUCUUCCAUGCAAAGGCACAAGAAGAAGAAGAACAAGAACAAGAUGGGGAAUCUGUGUAUGGUGGGGAUGGUAAGAGGCAUCUCAAGUCUAGAAGUUUUAAUUUUGAUUCAUUAGACAAGAGAAAUUCGGAGGCUAAGGUUGUGGGUAGGAGUAGUAGGUCUCGGAGAAUUCUUGGCCACGUGUUUGGGUCAAGGUCUUUGAGAGGGGGAGGUGGAGAUGAUGAUGUGAAUAGGGUGGAUUCGAUGGAGAGUGCUGAGAUUGCAGCCAAGUUGAUGGAGCUGAAGUGGUCUACCAAUCUCACUUGUGAUCAACUGCCUAAGAGGACAAAGGGUGGUGCCUUGAACAAUGGUUUGCCACCAAGGAAAAUGAAGGAGGGAGAUUGUUCUUCGAAUGAUAAUGAGAUGCUGUGCCUUGCAACAGGAUGUGGAGAUGUCCGUGUCCAUGCUGAGGAGGUCUUGCAUGCUGCAACUCUACUUCAACCUCAGGUUAAUGGGAGGUCAGUAAUGGAGGUCUCAGAUUUGCAUUCUCAGCAAAGAGAUUGUUCCCAUUCUAGUCUGUGUGAUGCUGGGGAUGUUGGAAGCACACUAAAGUUUCGAAAAUCUAAAACUGUCAAUAUUGGUCAAAGAGAUUGUUCAGUAAAGGUUAGUGCAAAUACUCCAACGUCUGAACAGCUAGCAUCCUUGAAUCUGAAGGAAGGGAGGAACACAAUAAUCUUUAGUUACUCUACAGCUACGGGAAAGCAACAGAUUGAUGCUCAAAUAUAUUUGUGGAAAUGGAACACUCGAAUAGUGAUAUCAGAUGUAGAUGGGACAAUUACAAGGUCAGAUGUUCUAGGUCAAUUCAUGCCUUUAGUAGGAAUCGACUGGUCGCAAACAGGCGUUGCUCAUUUAUUCUCAGCUAUUAAGGAAAAUGGCUACCAGCUACUUUUUCUCAGUGCUCGUGCAAUAUCUCAGGCAUAUCACACUAGGCAGUUUUUAUGCAACCUUAAGCAGGAUGGGAAAGUUUUACCAGAUGGUCCUGUUGUUAUUUCCCCCGAUGGACUUUUUCCUUCUCUAUAUCGAGAAGUUAUCCGGAGGGCUCCUCAUGAGUUCAAAAUUGCAUGUUUAGAGGACAUCAAGGCACUUUUUCCACCAGAUUGUAAUCCGUUCUAUGCUGGAUUUGGAAAUAGGGAUACGGAUGAAGUUAGCUACCUUAAGGUUGGAAUCCCCAAAGGAAAAGUAUUCAUCAUUAACCCCAGGGGAGAGAUUGCUGUAAACCGUCGUUGUUUUGACACACAAUCAUAUACUUCUCUGCAUACCCUUGUGCAUGGAAUGUUCCCCUCUACAAACUCAUAUGAGCAGGAGGAUUUUAAUUCAUGGAAUUACUGGAAGUUACCUGCUAUACAUACUUGAAAGGGUCUUUUGGCAUUCAUCUUCUUCUGGUGUGGAUGGGUGCAGCAGGACUGCAGGCUGUGCAGCUCUUAGAAUUAUAAAGGUGAUGUGUGGCUAAGCUAGAUGACAACACAACAUCAUUCUGUGGAAUUCGAUGGACGAAGGAUUUAUGACUGCACGCUAUAAAUUUUGCCUGCUUCCUGCUUCAAAAUUAAAACUCUUCAUGCUCGAUUGUGUGACAUGAUAUCAGACACCUAUUUUUUCUUCAUUGUACGCUUGUAGUGAUCCAUGAAAAUUUAUUUCACUCGAUUGUCAUGGGCAUGGCAAUAAAAAUGGUAUUACCAUACAAUAACUUGGACAACAUUAUUUUUAGUGUCUAUCUCUUCUCAUCUUUAAUAAAUAUCUCUCUCUAAUAAAUGAAGUUUCGGAGAAAUAUAGACAUAAAAAACAAUGUAUAUAAGGACAAGUUAUUGUACAUGUAUCAUUGUAAUUGUAAGAAUCUCAUUCCCAUCAAUUCAACAUGGUUCUCUUCUCAUUAUCAUUGAGUGGCGUCAUCUUAUAUGCAACUAUGCAUAUAUGUAAUCUUGAAUGACUAACUCUUCAGGUGCAUUUUCUGGAAAUGGGAACAGAUGAACAUUUGCUCUUGAAAACUUCAGAAAGGGACUAGAGUUGUAUGCUUAAAGAAUUAAAUGACACUAUGACAGUGUCUUUCUAUUUUGUAAAUCCCAACAAAUGUAUGAUAUAUUGAUAGAAAUAUAUGUAAGAAUCAACUGGUGAAAAAAUUGAUUUGA